AUGGCCAUCAGGAGGCCAGAGCCCUGGGUCUCUGCAUCUCUGCUGAGCCAGAGGCUGAAGGUUGAAGAGAAAACACUGGAACUGGAAUUCGAGAUCUUAAGCGUGAGGUUUCACGAGGCUGGCAGAUACGCCCUGCGCCUGUCAGUCGAGAACCCCCUGCAAGCUGGCUCUGGUGUGGGGAUACAGUUGCAAGUGAAUGACAGGGACCCGGUCCCUACCUGCUCCACUGUCACCAAUGUCAUUGAACAGCAGGAUCCUGGCCAGGGUCUCGCCCUCACCAGGAACAAAUUUGUCUUCACCUUGCCCAAAGGCUUCUGCAAGAACGAUGGGCAUCACGACGCACGGCUUCGGGUGGAGGCACUGAAGCUGGAUGGGUCCUCAGCAGGGACAGCCCAGAGGGUGGGUGAGGCCAUCUUUCCCAUCUACCCUCGCCCAGACCAACCCCACACGAACCUCAAUGCUCAGGACCAUGAGGAUUUGUACCGCUACUAUGGCACCUUGGCUCUGCUCUGGCCCAGCACAGACCCCACAGGCCGCCACUGCGGAGACCUAGCCUACAGUGUGGCCUUCCAUGUGCACCGGGCCCCAACGCUGCCCACCUCCAACUGCCUUCCAGGGGUCAGCCAGCAAGAGCCCCAGUUCCCCAACCCACAGGAGCCCCUGGACAUCUCUCAGAACACGGAGUCUGGCAUCAGCCACCUGUCCCCCUCUAAUAAGGAAACCAUCGUUGUCACUCUCCACGGAGCUAUCAACCUACCUGCCUGCAAAGAUGGGUCUGAGCCAUGGCCCUACGUGACAGUGAAAACCACUUCUGAGGACUCACAGAGCACGAACUCCAAGGCAGUCACAUCUGUGACCUCAGAGCCCACCAGGACCCCCAUCUGGGGGGACACAGUGAAAGUAGAGAUCCAAGCUGAAGAUGCUGGGAGAGAAGAUGUGGUGUUCACGGUGGUGGACAACAAAAAGAAAGAACAACUGCUGUCUUACCAAAUUCCCAUCAAGUACCUGCGUGUCUUUCAUCCCUACCACUUCGAACUGGUGAAGCCCAUCCAGUCUGGGAAUUCUGGUGAAGCCACUUCUAAGACCCAACUGUUUGCAACAGUCAUCCGGAAGGGCAGCUUCAUCCCACGCUACAUCGGCAACAAUCACACAGCUCUGGAGGUCUUUCUCCGGGGAGUCAACGAGCCCUUAGCCAACAACCCUAGCCCUAUGGUGGUGACUGCCCGAGUGGUUCCCAACUACAAGGAGUUUAAGCUCAGCCAGUUAAACCAGGACCCAGCAUCCAGGGGGCUGCCCAUCACCCUACUCUCCUUCCCUAUCUCAUCAAUGAUGAACUUCGAUGUUCCUCGGGUCAACAAGAAUGGAUGCCCUCAGCUAACCAAGCCCGGGGGACCCCCAGAGCAGCCCCAGUGGAACCAAUCCUUCCUCUUCCAAAGCUGUGAUGGAGCCACCAACUUCUCAGGAGACACAGCCCUGGUCUUGGAAUACUAUUCAUCUUCCUUAAUGAAAGGCAGUGAGCCUUGGACCUUCAGCCAGCCCCUGGGCAUCUCCGUGUUGCCGCUCAAAAGUCGUUUGUACCGCAAGAUGCUGGCAGGGAAGGGCCUGAGCGGACUGCGCAUGGAACGGCUCCCCAUUACCGACACUAAACUGAAAACUAUAAAUGGCGAGACCCCCACAGUGGACCUCUCCCUCCAGCUGCAUUCCUCUGAGAGACCAGAAAACUUCCUGACAUCAAACAACAGCAUGGCUCUGCCCACCCUGGAUCCUAAGAUUCUGGAUGAGAAUCUGGGUACCAUCUGUGAAUCUUGGUCAAAGUCCACAGGGAGCUCCAGAUUGAACUCCAGCACAUCCAUUCCUCAGGAAGCAGAAGAAGAACCCCAAGUGCCAGAAAUGUCUAAUGAAAAGGAGAUGAACAACUACCGGCGGGCCAUGCAGAAGAUGGCUGAGGACAUCCUCGCACUGCGGAAGCAGGCCAGCAUUCUGGAAACUGAGAACCACAUGCUGAGGAGUCACCUGAACCUGGAGGAGGCAGAGGAAGAGCUGGACAAACGUGAGGUGGUCCAGAACCUGGUGUCCAUGAGGCAGAAACUGCUGCUGAGUGAGGUGGAUAUGAAGAAGCUGAGGGACAAGGUGCAGCAUUUGCAGAAUGAGCUGAUUCGAAAGAAUGACCGAGAAAAGGAGUUGCUCCUUUGGUACCAGGCUCAGCAGCCCCAGGUUGUGCUGCUGAGAAGUUACCAGGACAGGCUGCAGAAGGUGAAGGCCCUGGAGGAGACUGUGAGGCACCAGGAAAAGGUGAUCGAGAAGAUGGAACGGGUCCUAGAGGACAAACUGCGGGACAGGAAUGAGCCCCACCUGAACAGGCUGCAGGGAAAGCCCACUGUAGCCUUCCCCACACUCUCAGCCUCUGGCCUUCCCCUGGGUUCUGUGAGAGAGAACUUGCCUGGUGACCUUUACUCGGUGCUACUGACUGAAAACUCAAGGCUGCGGGCAGAACUGGAUAAAACUCGCCACCAGCCGGCUCCCAUCAUUCUGCAGCAGCAGGCCCUUCCGGAUGUCCUCGCUAAUAACUCAGACAAACUUAACCUCCUGGCCAAGCUGGAACAAGCUCAGAGCCGGAUCCUGGCCCUGGAAAGCCAGUUAGAGGACUCUGCCCGACGCUGGGGACAGGAGAAGCAGGACUUAGCCACGAGGCUGCAGGAACAAGAGUAUGGCUUCAGACACACCUCAAACUCUAUCUUUACAGACCUGCCUAAUGCCCCAACACACUCCAAGGACCACAGGAGACCAUCAAAGCUGAACCCAUUACUGCCCAGCUCAGAGAUUCACCCCAGCCAGUCCUCAACCUCCCAGAAGGAGACCAGUCAAUUCCAGAAGACCUGA